UUGUGGAGUUGGCCGGCCCAGGUGGUCGACUGAUUGGGAGAGCGGGCUGCUGGGGUGACUCCGGCGAUGGCAAUUUUUUCUUCUUCCGUCAACUAUAGUUUAAUAGCAUGGUCCAACAAAAUAUUGGGACCGGCUUUGGUCGCGUUAUACAAUCCUCUUCAGCCCGCGAUGUCUGCCUUUCUGUCAACAAUGUUUCUCGGAAGCUCCAUCUACCUUGGAAGUGCUAUUGGUGGAGUUCUGAUCAUCUUUGGCUUGUAUCUCGUCACCUGGGGGCGUUAUGUGGAGAGUGAAGCACCAAAAGUGGCCAAGAAUGGUGAGAACCUGAUCUGGCAACCUUUUCUGCAAGAUGAUUCAACUCCCAGAUGAAAGGGGAAGAAAAGCUUGGUCCUACUUGUUUAGCCUGGAAGAUAGAAGGAUUUAAAUACAGUCUCUUACUUUUCAUAGACAAGCUUCUUAUUUAAUACUAAAGAUUAAAAUGGAAAUUAGGGGCAAGUCAAUAG